AUGAGGAGGGCAGCUCUGAUGGUUUGGAUAAGCCUUCUGGUGCAAGUGUCCCACUGCGCUCAGGGUCAUUAUGCCCACAAACUCCUGAAUGACCUGAUGGAGAACUACUCCAAUGCUCUGAGACCUGUAGAGGACACGGACAAAGCCAUCAACGUCUCGCUGCAGAUCACACUGUCACAGAUCAAAGACAUGGAUGAGAAAAACCAGGUGCUGACCACCUACCUGUGGAUCAGGCAGGUUUGGCAUGACGCCUACCUGAGGUGGAAUAAAGAAGACUACGAUGACUUAGAGAUGAUCAACAUCCCCAGUGAAAUGGUUUGGAAGCCGGACAUCGUCCUUUACAACAAAGCAGAUGACGAGUCAUCAGAACCGUCUAACACCAACGUGAAGCUGCGUUAUAAUGGGGAGAUUGUUUGGGACUCUCCGGCCAUCACAAAGAGCACAUGUAAUGUAGAUGUCUCCUACUUCCCUUUUGACUGGCAGUCAUGCAAUCUUACCUUUGGCUCCUGGACGUACAAUGGCAACCAGCUGGACAUCAGUUUAGGGAUGGACAGCGGCGACUUGGAGGACUUUGUGGAUAAUGUGGAGUGGGAGUGUCACGGCAUGCCUGCGGUCAGGAAUGUCAUGAUGUACGGAUGCUGCUCGGACCCUUACACAGAAAUCACCUACACCCUGCUCCUGAAGCGCCGCUCCUCUUUCUACAUCUUCAACCUGCUCCUGCCCUGCUUCCUAAUCUCCUUCCUGGCUCCUCUGGGAUUCUACCUGCCGGCCGACUCGGGGGAGAAGGUCUCCCUGGGGGUGACGGUGCUGCUGGCACUCACUGUGUUCCAGCUGUUGGUGGCUGAGAUCAUGCCUCCUGCAGAAAACAUGCCCUACAUAGGGAAGUAUUACAUCGCCACGAUGACUAUGAUCACUGCCUCCACUUCCCUCACCAUCUUCAUCAUGAACAUCCAUUUCUGUGGUGCCGAGGCCAAACCGGUCCCACACUGGGCGAAGGUGCUAAUCAUCGACUACAUGUCCAAGAUUUUUUUUGUUUACGAAGUCGGGGAAAACUGCACGACUCCAGAGGGUGAGAAGAGUCCGUUGUACCCAGAGGAGCCCAUGGGAGAAAAGGGAUGCUACUAUGAUGACAGCAUCCACGGUGGCUUCUACCAUCAGGAGACGCCGUACAAGUACAGCAACGGCCAAGCCGGACAUCAUCACAACAAGCCUUACAAAAGCCAAGCAAACGGCAGCACCAGCCGCAAAUAUCACCACCACAACAACCAGAACCACCAUGCUUCCAGGCUGGAGAGGGGAGAGACAAACCACCACAUCAGGAGGGACGAACUGGACUACCAGAGCCCUCCACAUCCGAGAAACCUCCAGCACCUGAACGGGGCGCCUAAAGAGCCGAGUCUCUACCCAUUUGAGAAAUAUCAAGUCCCAGCGUGCCCCUGCUGCUGCCCCUGCCUCCAACACAAACAGGUGGUGAAGAACAUUCAGUACAUCGCCAACUGCUUCCGUGAGCAGAGAGCAACGUGUGUCAAGGUGGCAGAGUGGAAGAAGGUCGCCAAGGUGAUGGACCGAUUCUUCAUGUGGAUCUUCUUCAUCAUGGUCUUCCUCAUGAGCAUCCUCAUCAUCGCCAAGGCAUCCUGACAGCUUCUCUACUCUUUUCCUACAGCAAGCAUCCUCCAGCAUCUCUGGGCUUCGG